AUGAGAGAUGCUAGACAGAAACUGCAAUGGGCAUCGAAGCGCGUCACCACUGUGCAGGAAGACACCGCGUACUCGUUAUUUGGUAUCUUCGACGUCCACCUACCUGUCAUCUAUGGCGAGAGGAAGCAGAGCGCGCUCGGCCGGCUCCUGCAGGAUAUCGUGUCUCGGUCGGGCGACAUCACUUCCCUGGACUGGGUCGGACAAUCGUCCGAGUUCAAUACUUCGAAGUUGUAUAACAUGCUCGAGAACAUGAAUACUCCGCUUUUCGCAAACUGCAGACUGCGUCUUCCUUGCAUCGCAUUCCAUGUCACGGAAGUCAAACGGAGGCCUGCUCAUGCUGCUCAUUCCAUAUAUGAAGUCAAAGCAGAUGGGCUUCAGGACUUACUGAUCACCACGGACAAGACACUAAUUCAGUUCUCGCGCGCAAGACCCACUCGGCAGACAUUCUUUCUUGUCCGUCCAUGGGAUCGUCGUCUCCUUGGGCUGCCUGAUUUUUCAGAGCAGCUCACCUUUGCAGAAGAAGGGGAGAGCGUAGGAUUGUCGUCCAGCAACUUACCUGGAGAAGAGGAGUUGUCAGUUGACUCGGAUGUUCACUCACGAUCAUUGCGUUUGAUGGUUCACCUUGGGCAGGCUUUCAGCGCACUUUUGGUAGCGCAACAACGCGUUGGAGAAUACAAGAGGGUCGCGUUGGACCAUAAUAUCAUUGCGCAGAUGAAACACCCGGCUUCGAUUGACAUUAUGAACAUCAGGACCCUAGACAUAUUGUAGCUGAAUGGUUUUUUUACAAACCUCGACGAUCACAUUAUCAUAGCCUCAUAUAUCAGACAUACCCUGC